GGGGAAAGGUUACUAGUCACUAGAUUCUGAAGAGUUUAUUUGAGGAAGGGAUAUAAUCCUAUUUUUUUUAUUUCUUUCUUUUUAGUACCUUGAUUCUUGGUACUUCUGAUAUUUAUACGUAUCUAUAUAUUCGCAUCGUAUCGUAUCGUAUCUUGUAUCAAUACCAGAUCUUAACUCUCUCUUCUUCAUUUUUUUCUUCUUCUUUCUCUUUCUCUUUCCUAUUCCCAUCUCAUCUCAUCUCAUAUUCUCUUCUCCCAUCCUCCUCUCUCGCUCCUAAUUUACCCACCGUCCCCCAACUCGCAAAUCAAAAAAAUCAAAUCCGCACACACCAUUCCCCCUCACUCCGAAUCCAACCAAAAUCAAAAUCAAAAAAAAAAAAAAAAAAAAAAAAAAUGGCCGAUCUCCAAAUCCACGCAAACCUCGCCAUCGCCGCAGCCGCCGUCUUUAUCCCCGUUUGUACCGCGACUGUCGCGCUGCGAGUCUAUGCUCGACAUUUGAAAAAGGUGGGGUUGGGCGCGGAUGAUUAUUUGAUUGUCGCGGCUUUGGUUUUUGUGAUUGGGAUGGGAGCCGCGAUAAUGGCUGAAGUCGGACUCAAACAACUUGGAUAUCCCGCCCCAGCGCCAUCUACUCAGAUCGGAAAACCCAAUUCAAACAUCGCCUUCUGGCCCGGCGAGCUUCUCCAAAUCCCCGCUCUCGGCUUCGUCAAACUCUCUCUCAUCCUCUUCUAUCGCCGCGUCUUCACUCGCAAUGCCGCCCCUCGCUUCAACGUCGUCACCUGGUUUAUGAUUAUCAUCAUUAUCAUCUGGACGCUCUCAUUCUUCUUCUCUAUUCUUUUUAUCUGCGGCACCGAUUUCUCCGCCUACUGGACAAGUACGAUUGUGGAAAAAGCCCAUUGUGUCGAUACGGAUAUGUUGCACAAUGCGUUUGCGAUUAGUGAUGUCGUGACGGAUUUUGUGAUUAUUAGUUUGCCGGUUCCGAUGAUCUUUGGACUACAUCUCACUGUUGCUCGGAAAAUAGGCAUACUUGCUAUUUUCUCCCUAGGAGCGCUCACAAUUGCGGCAUCAAUCGUGCGAAUGAUAGUAUUCAUCCAAGCCACCGCCGUGAACUACGAUCCUCACGCUGAUUUCGAAUUCAUCUGUACCUCCGGACUCUACUGGUCCCUCAUCGAAUCCAGCCUCGGCGUUAUCGCCGCCUGUCUACCCGCCCAAUACGGACUGCUCAACACACCCGGCGUACAAUCCCUCGUCGCUUCCGUACAAUCCGCCAUCUCACUGCGCUCCAUGCGAUCCAGCUCGCAACAUCCCAGCCAAUGCGACGCGCACGAUUCACAGCGUGAUCUGUACGCACGUAGUAUGGAUACGAAGAUGGAACCGUGGACGACGGCCCAUGGAAGCGAGACGCAGAAUAUUAUUGCGCAUGCGGAGGGGCCGGCGAGGUAUGAGAGGGAGGGGGAGCUGGAGGGGGGAUUGAAGGGAAGUAAGGGGAUUGUGGUGACGAAUAGUUUUGAGAGUAGGGAGGGCUUGGCAUAGGGUCGUUCUGGGUGGUAUAGGGUUUAGUUUAGAGGGAUCGGAUUGGAGAUUAAAGGUUUGGGUGUUGAAGAGAGGUGUAAUUUGGGUGGCUUGAGUUAUGUCUGGAUUUUCACUGACGCUUUGGGAUAUCCGUGUUGCGAUUAAGAGGAGAAUAUUAUUAUUAUUAUUUUGAUACGAGAAUGUACUGUAUAGUCAUUAUUUGAAUACGCUAUUGAUAUUUCAUUCCUGUGUAUCCUAGUUUGAAUUAACACACUCA